AUGGAUUUUGGUGUCGAGUAUUGGAACGAAGACUGGAAGAAUACAGUUCUAACAACAGCAAAAUCAACUACACAUAACAGCUUCCAUUCUCUAGAGGAGAUUCAUAUAUUUGCCUUAGCUAACGUUAUUCGAAGACCAAUUCUUAUAAUAUGUGCCAAUUUUUAUCGUGGUGACUGUGAUGACCAAAUUGCUGGUGUGAACCUUGGUGGCAUAUACUUGCCAUUGUUGUCAGACUCGGUGGAUUGUAUCAAAACCCCUCUUUUGAUUCGCUACCACCAUGGACACUUUACAGAAUUUGUGUUGGCAGAAAAUAAUGAGAGAGUUUCAUUAAUAAAACAUGAUGGUCUGCCAAUGAAAGUCCGUUGUUUGUUACCUGAGGAAAGCAAUUACUCAGAUCGAUUACUGCGGGAAUACUUGAAUUGUUUAAAGUUGAAUGACAAAAAUGAAAAUGGGUGUAUAACGGAAAUACUUGUAGCGAAAAUGCAAGCCUGUGAUACUUGUGGCUAA